AUGGUUAGCGGAUCACUGCAAGCCAAGCGGACCAAUGAUACUGCUUUCCUACCACUUCGGAACCAGAGUUGCUCGUCCACGGCACCACAAAAACUCUCCAAACCGCAAAACGCGCCCCUGAAGGAGCUCUGCUCGGAGACGGUUGGCCAAAGCCUUUUCCAAGAGAGACAUGCCAAGAAACACCAAAGCUUCAAAGGACCAGGAGACAAAGCCCACACCAAUCGUGCCCGAACACCCAAGAUUUCGUCUGGACCUAAGUCUCUCGUUGGUCCAGUUCGCAAGAGCACACUAGAGCGGAGAUCGUCCGGUUACUCCAUCGCUUCGACUACAAUUCGGGCCCCGCUUGGUCGAGAACACCCAGUGGAGUUCAUUGACAAACUGAAGGUGAAAGGAUUUUCACAAGGCACGCCCUUGUCUGAUGUAACCUGUCGCAUGCGAUUGCGUAGAUUGCACUCCGUUUCCCGUAUUCACAGAGGGUUUUUAUACCUUGAGAAUGGCAGGAGUCGCGCCUAG